AUGGCCACGAGAAACGCUGGAGCUGCUCGUCCGGGAGGUCCGAACAAAACUUGCCAAUUCAAGCUUGUUCUGCUUGGUGAAAGUGCAGUUGGAAAAUCCUCUCUGGUUCUUCGAUUCGUCAAAGGACAAUUCCAUGAGUACCAAGAAUCGACGAUAGGUGCCGCGUUCCUGACACAAACCGUUUGUUUGGAUGACGCGACGGUGAAAUUCGAGAUUUGGGACACCGCCGGACAGGAGAGGUACCAUUCGUUGGCACCGAUGUACUAUCGCGGAGCUCAAGCUGCGAUUGUUGUUUAUGAUAUAACUAACCAGGAAUCUUUCCAAAAAGCCAAAAAUUGGGUAAAGGAGCUCCAGCGGCAAGCAUCGCCAAAUAUUGUGAUGGCAUUGGCUGGAAAUAAGGCGGAUAUGGCGAACAAGAGAACUGUUGAGUAUGAGGAAGCUCAGGCUUAUGCUGAGGAUAAUGCUCUUUUAUUCAUGGAGACUUCUGCCAAGACUUCAAUGAAUGUGAAUGACAUUUUCAUGGCGAUAGCAAAGAAAUUGCCAAUCGGACCACCACAAGGUGAGCCGACCGGCACCGUCGAUAUGAAUCAGCCACAACAACAGCAGAAGGGCUCUUGCUGUAAAUAA